AGCGGACGGUAGGAGGAGCAAAGAGUGUGUAUUAUUAGAGCAGCGACACACACUCUUGUGCUCGCACUGCAAGCAUGGCUGGCGACAGUGAAACACACCUGAAGGACCGAGCGGAGAACGAACACGACACCCGACAGCCGUUCCUCAUCGGUGUGGCUGGAGGCACCGCUAGCGGGAAGUCUUCAGUAUGUGAGAAGAUCAUGGAGCUGUUGGGCCAGGAUAAGAUUGACCGUCACCAGCGGCAGGUGGUCAUCCUCAGUCAAGACAGCUUUUACAGGGAGCUCACACCUGAACAGAAAGCCAAAGCGCUCAAGGGCCAGUUCAACUUCGAUCACCCAGAUGCUUUCGACAAUGAGCUGGUCAUGAAGACUCUGCAAGACAUCAUUCAGGGGGAGACUGUGCACAUCCCAGUUUAUGACUUUGUUACCCAUUCCAGGAAGGAUGAGUUUGUGACUGUGUAUCCAGCAGAUGUGGUUCUCUUUGAGGGGAUUCUCAUGUUCUACUCGCAAGAGAUUCGAGAUUUGUUCCAAAUGAAGCUGUUUGUGGACACAGACCCAGACACACGCCUCUCGCGAAGAGUGUUGCGGGACAUAAGUGAGAGAGGCAGAGAGUUGGAGCAGGUUCUGAACCAGUACAUCACCUUUGUGAAGCCAGCCUUUGAGGAGUUCUGUCUCCCUACCAAAAAGUAUGCAGACGUCAUCAUCCCCAGAGGAGCAGACAAUCACGUGGCUAUUAAUCUGAUUGUGCAGCAUAUUCAGGAUAUCCUGAACGGAGGUUUCACCAAACGACAGAACGGUUUUCAGAACGGCCACGGAACCCCCAGACAAAGACGGCCCUCCGAGUCGAGUCGACCGCACUGACCUCACUGUGGCCCUUCCCUCCAUUGAGGAGAGGGCGGAACUGAAUAAUAACCGUGUACAUCCCAUUCAUCCAAUGACAAUGAAGGGAUGCAGGAGCUGAAAUGCCUUUGUUAUUGUCACUAUUAUUUGCAUUUGAAAUGUUGUUGUGG